UUCAUUUUCAUAAAGGUCCACUGGUGGUUCCUAGUGACUCAGGCUCUCAGACCCAUUUUUUAAAAUAUAGCAUUUUCCAGUAUCCUCAACUAUCUAGAACAUACUGAAAAACUUUGUGAAGCUUGGGGCUUAUUAAUGGAAGCUAUGAAGUCUAAGGCCAGCUGUGCUCAGAACCCAAGCUGUACCAUAAUGAUAUUUCAUCCAACCAAAGAAGAGUUUAAUGAUUUUGAUAAAUACAUUGCUUACAUGGAAUCCCAGGGUGCACACCGAGCAGGCCUGGCCAAGGUGAUUCCACCCAAGGAAUGGAGGGCCAGGCCGACCUAUGACGACAUCAGUGACAUCCUAAUUGCAACUCCUCUCCAGCAGGUGGUCUCCGGGCAGGCAGGUGUGUUUACUCAAUACCAUAAAAAGAAGAAAGCCACGACAGUGGGCGAGUACCGCCGUUUGGCAAACAGCGGGAAGUAUCAGACUCCACCACACUCGGGGUUUGAGGAUUUGGAGCGAAAAUACUGGAAGACGCGUCUCUACGAUUCUCCCAUCUAUGGCGCUGACAUCAGCGGCUCCUUGUUCGACGAAAACACCAAAGAGUGGAACCUGGGACACCUGGGAACCAUCCAGGACCUGCUGGAGCAGGAGUGCGGCGUGGUGAUCGAGGGCGUGAACACCCCCUACCUGUACUUCGGCAUGUGGAAGACCACGUUCGCCUGGCACACGGAGGACAUGGACCUGUACAGCAUCAACUACCUGCACUUCGGGGAGCCCAAGACUUGGUACGCGGUGCCCCCGGAGCAUGGCCAGCGCCUGGAACGCCUGGCCACGGAGCUCUUCCCGGGCAGCGCCCGCGCCUGCGAGGCCUUCCUGCGGCACAAGGUGGCUCUCAUCUCGCCCACGGUGCUCAAGGACAAUGGGAUCCCGUUCAGUCGGAUCACGCAGGAGGCGGGCGAGUUCAUGGUGACCUUUCCCUAUGGCUACCACUCUGGCUUCAACCACGGCUUCAACUGCGCCGAAGCCAUCAACUUCGCCACCCCGCGCUGGAUCGAUUACGGCAAGGUGGCCUCCCAGUGCAGCUGCGGGGAGGCCAGGGUCACCUUUUCCAUGGACGCCUUCGUGCGCAUCCUGCAGCCCGAGCGCUAUGAGCUGUGGAAGCGCGGGCAGGACCGGGCUGCCGUGGACCACACGGAGCCCGUGGCGCCCGGCGGUCCGGAGCUGAGCGCCUGGCGCAAGGUGCGCGGCCCCGGGAGAGGCGCGUGGAGCCUGCGGCACCUGCCACCGCGCCGGGCCCCACGGGCCCCGCGACCCGGGGCUGCUGGCUGGAGCCCCCGCCGCCGCCGCCGCCCGGCUCUGCGCCAGGCCUCCCCGCGCCCCUUAUCCGCCCAGAGUUCUUCCUCUGCUGCCCAGUGCGAGGCUGUCCCCGCCCGCCCCUCCGGGGAGCCCGGCCCCACCGGGCCACAGCCCCCCACUCCCUGUGCCCCAGGUCCCCGGCUCUCCCCUGGCAGGUGUGGUCCUGGUCGUCGUCCUCGGGAACAGGGGGCUCAGGGGCCUAGCCUCCAAGCCCGGGCCAAGAGGCGCGUCUUGGGGGGAGCGGGGCACACAGCUCCGCACUCUGAGGCUCAGCCCCUUCCUCUGGAUAGAGGCUGGGUGGACAAGGCGGCACCACUGAGCCCUGGGCUCAGGCAAGCUGCUGAGGCUUCCGUGUCUGGCUGUGCCCCCGUCCCCUAAGCCCAGGGGACACUUUUGUAACCCACUGCUCUUGAGUGUGGCCACAGUCUUCUUGAGACUGGCCAUAUUUAUGUCAGAGCUUUGGGCGAACUUGCAGGACACUGGUCUUGCUUGAGAGUCCUGUGAUGUUGCCACUGAUGCGUUGAGUCCAUGUUCUUUACCAAGUUCGCCAUAAUUUGUUCUUUCUGCCACACCCUGGAAUGUCUUUGGACACUGCUGAUGCCCGUUUCGCCAGCUGAGCUUUCAUCCACUAGGCAUUCUUGUGUGUCUGCGAGCUGGGUCCUGUGGAGGUGGCCAGAGCCUCAUCUCCCCCAGACUCCUAUCCUCUGGGCCAACUAUGAAUGCUGCUGGGUUUUGGUUCUCCUCAAUCUCCUUCCCUUUCCUCUCC